AUGGUUCCAAGCAAACUUAUUGGGCAUUUAAAAACAAAACAUUCCACUUAUUCUGGCAAGAAUAAGGAUUUCUUUCAACGAAUAUUGAGUCAAAAUAAAAAGCAAAAGCACUUUAUGAAAUCAACUUUCACAGUCUCGGAAAAAGCAGUAGAAGCUAGCUAUCACGUUGCCAAAUUAAUUGCUCGACAGAAGCCACAUAAUUUCGGAGAAGAACUCAUGAAACCAGCCUGCCUAGAAGUUGUCGGAUUAAUGCUUGGACAGAAGGAAGCUGAAGAAGUUAGAAAAGUGUCGUUGUCCGCCGAGACUAUUAAAAGGCGCAUUGGCCAUAUGUCUGAAGAUCUGCUUGAAACGCUACUAAAUAAACUAAAAACAUUUGGAAAAUUUUCCCUUCAAAUCGACGAAACAACGGACAUCAAAAAGCAAGCACAGCUAUUGGCUGUUGUACGAUUUGUCGACGACAAUGCUAUUGCAGAAGAGUAUUUGUUUUGCAUAGAACUUCCAGAGCGAACAACUGGGCAGGACAUUUUUCGCGUGACAAACGAGUUUUUUACUGCCAACGGUAUCUACUGGAGUGAUUGCAUCAACCUUUGCACAGAUGGUGCUUCAGCAAUGUUGGGCAAAGGUAAAGGUUUUGCUACGUUGGCGAAACAGCAAAAUCCUGCCAUUCAAGUUACGCAUUGCUGCAUACAUAGAGAAGCUUUGAUGACCAAAGUGCUGCCAGAGGAACCGUCCAAAGCGAUAAAAACCUGCAUUGACAUUGUGAACUUCAUUAAAGGGAGAGCUUCGAAUUCACGUAUUUUUUGGCAUUAUGCGAAGAAAUGGGUUCAGAGCAUCAGUCAUUAUUGUACUAUACGCUUGUACGUUGGCUUUCUCGGGGAAACGUUCUCGCAAGACUCUUUGAACUUAGGCAUGAAGUGA